AUGGAAAAAAUUUAUGUACAUGGUUCAGGUUCUGAAGAAGAUUUUGGUAAUGCAUAUUUAUUUAAAAAACUUACACCAGAAUAUAUAAAGGCAGCAGAGAAUUUAAAAGGAUUGGUGAAAGUGGCAGCUAUUGAUUGUGAUGAUCAAUCAAAUAGAAAUGUGUGUUCUGCAAAUGAGAUUAAAGGGUUUCCAACUAUUAAACUUUUCCCUAGUCAAUCAAUUCCUGAUCCAAAAAAUCCAAAAAAAUUUAUAAAAAGACCAAAAGAUUACAAUGGACCAAGAACUGCUAAAGAUCUUGUAAAAUUUGCUCUUGAGGAGAUACCAUCAUUUGUACAACCAUUAGCAGAAAAAACUCGAACAAAGAAAUCUUUAACACUUGAUGAAUUUCUAGAUAAAAGUAAUGGAACAAUUUCAAAAGCAAUUCUUUUCACAAGUAAAGAUAAAACAACGCAUCUUUACAAAGCGUUAUCAGUAGAAUUUCAUAAUAGAAUGUUGUUGGCGGAAGUCAGGAAAUUUGAAACGACAAUUCUGGAAAGAUUUAAUAUAACAGAUUUUCCUAAAUUCAUUGUCAUACCAAAAGAUUCUCCAUAUGAAGUAAUAGAAUUUACGG